GUGUCAAGCAUUAUCGCGUUACCAGCAGUGGCAUUGUUGUCGUCAUACAGCAGUCCAGUUGCCAAGUAGCCCCUCAAUAUUCGCAGCCAACAUGGUCGACAGCAAGAAGCGCAAGCAUGCCUCAGUAGUCAUACAUCAGACAAAUCAACAAGACAGUCCGAAUAAGAAGAGUAGGACUGAACCUCAGGAUGCGGAAGACAUUGACACAUCGCGCCCUACGGCGCUGUUCAAGCCUACUAAAGCCAGGAAUUGGACCGUCAGCAUUGCACUACCUGGAAGCUGGCUUCUCAAUGCGAAAAAGCCAGAUCACAAGACUAUGCAAGUAGGACGCAUUGCACGAGCUGCAGCAGUCUUCUGUGUGGAUGAGAUCGUUGUCUUUGAUGACAAUCCGUCUGGGCUGACACCCAACGUUGUAUCUGACCGAUAUACGCGCGGCAAGAAGUCAAAAUCGAAGCAAGAAAUUCUCGACAGUAUCCUGGAAGAAGACGAGCCCUGGCAAAAUCCAGACCAAUUCCUUUACCAUGUCCUUGCAUUUGCUGAGUGUCCACCUCAUUUAAGGUAUAGCCACGACGACCCGAGUCUAAGCAUUUUCCAAAAACACAAGAAUCUGGAGUGGACAGGGACAUUGCCCAGUAUGGACAUGCCCCAUCACUUAAGACCGCACGAGUGGUGUCAAUUCCGGGAAGGUGUUGUCGUUGGUCCAGCGGAUCCACCAUCAGCGCACAAUCCGAAGAGCAAGAAGAGCAAGAAAGAGGUGGACCAAUAUGUGUAUGUCAAGUGUGGACUGCCUUUCCCAGUAGUCGUGCCAGUACCACCAGGCGCGCCAAUUGAGCCCGCAAUGCGCACCACAGUACGAUUUGCGACACCAGAACCUCCCAAGAACUGGCCUCACCUCUCGCAAUCUGAGUGCGAAGGCCUCGAAGCCACAGCUUGCGCCUCUUCGUUACCGCGUGAAGAAGCAGGGUACUACUGGGGCUAUCAAGUGCGCAAGGCUUCGUCUCUCAGCACCGUCUUCUCUGAGUGCGAGUUCUCAGGCGGCUACGACUUCACCAUCGGCACAUCUGAACGAGGUGUCGAUGUACGCGACAUCAUUCCUUCAACAACGUCAAACCCUUCGGUGCGGGCGCCAAACAAGUUCAAUCACCUUUUACUUGUCUUUGGUGGAGUUGCUGGAAUAGAGCCUGCAGUGGCCAACGAUCCUGUGCUUGCAGAGAAGGGGCUUGGGAAAGGCAGUGCGCAUACGCUGUUUGACUCUUGGGUCAAUCUUGUUCCGGGGCAGGGGAGUCGGACGAUCAGAACAGAAGAGGCUGUGGAGUUUGGCUUAUGCGCGCUGAAGCCGUACGUGGACUCGAUGUACGCUUAAUAGCCUGGCGAUAACGUCAACCAAGUGUGGUAGCCGGCCAAAGAGCGAGACAUGUCUGACACUCAGGCGUUUGACAUGCUUAAUAUGGCGGCUGUUAUACACAGUUUUGUCCCGGGGAUGGACUGGAGGAUUUCGAAGACUGGGGUCCCUCAAUGCUGUGACUGUCUGCCUGAUAACGCGCGCUAAGAACCGCGACUGCCACCUUACGAGAAUGGCUGGGAGCAACCCUUCGAUCACC